AUGGGGACCAUCGAAGUUCACCAGAAAACUAGUGCUAUCAGCGGCUGGAGGGAGGACGGGGGCUACGGGAGCUGCUACUGCGACGGAGGAUGCCGGCGUACCCGGGACUGCUGCCACGACCACAGCCAAGCGUGCCCUGCUCAUCCGUGCAUCGUGGGGGAGUGGAGUCAUUGGAGUGGCUGUGCUGAACAAUGUAAACCCAGUCUGCGAAUACGUAGGCGCUAUGUGCAACAGGAACCUACAAAUGCUGGGGAACCUUGUCCUGCUCUGGAGGAGAAGGCUGGCUGCUUGGAAUACCUGACUUACCAGGGACAGGACUGUGGACAUGAACAUGUUCCCGCUUUCAUAACUACCUCUGAAUAUGGUAAAGAAAGAAAACUGAGAGCAGCAGCAUCCCCCUGGCCCUCUGACAAAGAAACCGGGUACUGUGUAGAAUUCAAAACAGAAUCACUUUCCCAUUACUGCGCUUUGGAGACUCGGCCGUAUGCUCGAUGGAUGCAGUACCUUCGAGAAGGACAUACUGUUUGUGUAGCUUGCCAGCCACCAGCUAUGAACACUGACACACACCGUUGUUCUGGAGAUGGUCAUAAUGCAGAUGGAGGUAAAAUCUUACACUGGGAAGCAGUUGGCAACUCUCGGUGCCAAGGAACCUGGAAGAAGAUUCGGCAACUGGAGCAGUGCUCAUGUCCCCUUGUGCACAGUUUUAUUUUUACGUAAGAGUUUAAAAGACCUUUAAAUAGCAUCAGGAAAAAAAAAUUGAGAAAAUUAGCACAAGUGCCAAGAAACCUACAUCUUUGUCUGUAUUUUGUGGAGACUGAAUGAACUUUAAAGGAGUUAAGCCUCUGGAACAAGCAUUUUUGGGUACUCUUUUUGCCUUAAUAGAAAACACUUAAGACUGACUAUUGUAUUAGAAUGCUGUAAGCAAAUUUCCGUAUUUCUCUUUUGUGAUUAAAGAGCAAAUGUUUCUAACUGUAGUAGCUUCUUUUCCUAAGGUUCUUGUUCUUUACAGGCUAUACUCUUGUGUACAGGCAUUGAUCCUUUUCAGUAGUGAGCCAGCCAAACAUUCUCAAGUCUGGAAAUAGUUACUGUCAUCAUUAAGUUGUAAUGGAUGAAUAAAAAUGGAAGUUUGAGAGCUAAAACCAGACUUCAGUUUAGAUCCUUUGUUCCUUCCCAGUAUCAAUAUCAUCUAGACAGUGGUUUACAGUAUGAAUGCUGUAUUUCUUUGUCUACGUUGCAGUUUCCCUGCUUAGCCACCCUCAUAAAAAUGUGAGACUAGUCAGUGUUGUUAAUGAAGUAGCCUUGCUAAGAAUUUCACAUCUCUAGCAUACAGUGUGAAUUUUAUGGCAGACAAACCUAAACAAGACAUCCAUAAAUAAACUAAGUCUUGAAGAGACUCAUUUUCUUAAUGAAUAGUAAUUUAUUGUAAACUGCCUUGAGUAGGAUUGUAUUACAGCAGUUAGCAAGCUUCAACAACAGCAACAAUCUUACAUACAGGAAUGAACAAUCAUAACUAGAGCUUUGGCUG